AUGGCUGGCAUCCCAGAAGAGGAGGCUCUGAAGCAAUCAGCGCAAUGGCAUGAAGAACCCUCUCACGAUGCGCCCGAUGCUGCUGCGAAUGCCGAGGAGCCCAGGUUUCAACCUCAGCCUGCUGUGCGAUUCAAAUCCGUCGUUGAGGAAAUAGCCCCGGCUGUGAACUCGCUGUCCUCAACUUCAGGUGGGCAGGACCAAUCACUCGGAGACCCCGGAGAGGUUACUCCCGACCAGAUUCGAGCUCUCUCCAAGUCCCUCAAGGGCUACCAGCUUCAAGACCAAAGGAUGAACGUCUUCUCCUCCUACCAGCCGUUCUCUCUGCCAGCUUCUAGGACUGCCUCCAAUGAAGACGACUCUCGGGAGCCGAGUCGGCAAGCCACUCAAAGCUCGACAAGUCACCAUUCGCCACGUUUGAGCCCCCGGAUUGCCGAUGCCCAGACACCGCCGCUCACACCGGCAGGAACCGGCCUGGGGGACAAAGACGCAAAUCGGCAAGAUCAGAUGAGCGAGCAGGAUAGGAGAGGUCGCCUACCAGAUAUUAUCACCCCACGAGAGUCUACGCGAGAGUCAUCACCCCCGAUUGGACGACUGGCCCAGCGACCCGGAUCAUCUGACCAGGUUCCCCAGAGAGGACGUUCUUCGGACGGGAGGGAGGAUGGUCUGGCUGCAGAUCAUCGGAAAGGUCUCUUCUCCGUCGGACCCACAGGCGGCUCGUCGACGGGGUCUCUGCCCGUUUCGCGAGAAACCAGUCCGGCCCCCGCGGCACAGUAUUACACUCGGCCUUUCACGCCAGCUGGAGAUGCGAAUGACCCCUAUUCUGCUAGCAAACGCCAACCUCAGAGCAGAAUCGAGCAACGAUUUGUCUUCCCCCGUAAGAAGAAGCAAUGGUCGCCUAGCUCGUCGGUAAUCAGCCUGCCCAAAGUGACUCCAGACAAACGGCAUUCAAAUCUGCUUGGCAUUGGCGGCAAGAAAGACGACCUGGCGCAGCAAGAGACCAACUUCUCAACUCGACCAAGCUCUAUGGCGGACCUGAAGAGAUUUUUCAAGAUGGGCACCCACCACAAGAUGAAGAAAUCGGCCUCUCCUGCUUCCUCGGUCAAGUCAGGCACAAGAACUCCACCUAGCUCUAAAUCCUCGGUUCAGAUUCCGUUCGGGAGCGACCACGGCCUGGCGUCCAAAUACGGAAAGCUUGGGAGGGUCCUAGGGGCCGGAGCCGGAGGGUCGGUCCGGCUCAUGAGGCGUAACGAAGACAGCGUAGUGUUCGCUGUGAAAGAAUUCAGACCUCGGCACUCUUAUGAGACAGAACGAGAGUAUGUCAAGAAGCUAACCGCCGAGUACUGCAUGGGAUCGUCUUUACACCACGGCAACAUCAUCGAGACUCUGGAUAUUGUUCAGGAGAAGGGCAAGUGGUACGAGGUCAUGGAAUACGCACCAUAUGACCUCUUCGCCAUAGUGAUGACCGGGAGGAUGUCUCGAGAGGAGAUCAGCUGUUGUUUUCUCCAAAUCCUCAGCGGAGUGACCUACCUCCACAGCAUGGGCCUUGCGCACCGAGAUAUGAAGCUCGACAAUGUGGUAGUCAGUGAUCAGGGCAUCAUGAAGAUCAUAGAUUUCGGAAGCGCGCAUGUUUUCAGGUAUCCUUUCGAAAACGGAAUCGUUUUGGCUUCGGGAAUUGUUGGUUCGGACCCUUACCUCGCACCGGAAGUGUACGACGAGAGGAAAUAUGAUCCGCAGGCUGUGGACAUCUGGUCAUUGGCAAUCAUCUAUUGCUGCAUGACACUUCGGCGGUUUCCCUGGAAAGUCCCUCGGCUUGCAGAUAGUUCGUUUAAACUCUUUGCCGCAGACCCAACGCCAGGCCAUGAUCCAAGGAAGCUCAUCCUCCCGCCAUCGAAAUCCACCAACGCCCUGAACGAGACACCGGCAAGGGACCUAGAACCCGAACCCACCCAAAGGGAACGGGCUCCGAGGCCGGCAGGGGGGCCAGCAUCGAGCGAAAACAAAUCCCAGGUCAGAGCGCCGACGCAGUCUGAUAAUCCUGGAGAGAAAAAGGAAGUCAUUCGUGGCCCCUGGAGAAUUCUCAGAUUGCUUCCUCGAGAGAGCCGCCAUAUAAUUGGGUGGAUGCUUGAAAUAGACCCGAGGAAACGAGCCAAGAUGGACGACAUCAUAGAAGACCCGUGGGUUUCCAACACCAUCAUUUGCAGGCAGAUGGAGUCUGGCUAUGUUAUCAAGGCGACCGAUCACACUCACGUUCUCGAGCCGCCGGCGCAAAAAUAG